AUGUCUGGCCUCCCCCCCGUCUACAUCGUCUCAGCCGCCAGAACCCCCGUCGGUUCUUUCUUGGGUUCUCUGUCCAGCCUGAGUGCCACCCAGCUCGGUGCCGCUGCUAUCAAGGGAGCCGUUGAGCGAUCUGGCGUCAAGCCCGAAGAUGUCGAGGAGGUAUUCUUCGGCAAUGUCCUCUCCGCCAACUUGGGUCAGGCUCCCGCCCGCCAGGCCGCUGUCGGUGCUGGCCUUGGCAAGAACGUCAUCACCACCACCGUCAACAAGGUGUGCGCUUCUUCUCUGAAGGCCGUCAUCCUCGGUGCCCAAAACAUCAUGCUCGGUGUCAACCACGUCGUCGUCGCUGCCGGUGCCGAAUCCAUGUCCAACACCCCCCACUACCUGCCCAACCUACGUACCGGCGCCAAGUACGGUGACCAGACCCUCGUCGACGGUGUCCUCAAGGACGGUCUGACCGACACCUUCAAGAAUGAGCACAUGGGUCUCCAGGCCGAGCUCUGCGCCGACGAGCACAGCCUCAGCCGUGAGGCUCAGGAUGAAUACGCCAUCAACACCUACAAGAGGGCUCAGGCUGCCACUGAGGCCGGUCUCUUCAAGGAGAUUGUCCCCGUUGAGGUCAGCGGUGGCCGAGGCAAGCCUCCCGUUGUCGUCGACCGGGAUGACGAGGUCAAGAACCUCAAUGAGGCCAAGCUCAAGGGUAUGCGCCCUGCCUUCAAGCCUGACGGUACCGUCACCGCCCCCAACGCCGCUCCCCUCAACGACGGCGCCGCUGCCGUUGUUCUAGUCUCUGAGGCCAAGCUCAAAGAGCUUGGACUGAAGCCCAUCGCCAAGAUUCUCGGCUGGGGUGACGCCGAGCGUGAGCCCGAGCGAUUCACCAUUGCUCCCGCUGCUGCCAUCCCCAAGGCCAUCAAGCACGCCGGCCUCACCCCCGAUGAUGUCGACUACUACGAGAUCAACGAGGCCUUCUCCGUUGUUGCCCUCGCCAACAUGCAGCUCCUCAACCUCAGCCCCGAGAAGGUCAAUGUCUUCGGUGGCUCAGUUGCCAUCGGCCACCCCCUGGGUGCUUCUGGUGCUCGUAUCCUCUCUACCCUGACCUCCGUCCUGGCAGAGAAGAAGGGCAAGAUUGGCGUUGCCGGUAUCUGCAACGGUGGUGGUGGCGCCUCUGCUCUGGUCAUCGAGAACCUGCAGUGA